AAUAAAAGUAAAUUAUUUAGAGAAAUAUUUAAAUAGGCUUGGGAUUAAAAAUAUCAUAAACAUACACAUUCACUAAUGAAGCUUCUAAGAUUGAAUUAUAAGCGUAGAAUUAAACAUGUUAUAAAUAGUUCAUAUAAUUAAUUUGAUAGAACUAAUCGAUUUUAGAUAUUCGUCUAGAAUAUUCAUAUCUGUAUUUGUUACUACAUAAUAAUAAUCACUAUCACCGCAACAAAUUAAUUAUACGGUUUUAAAAGGUUCGACAAUAAAAUCUGAAAUACGUUAUAAUUUUGGUUGUAGAAUUUCAUGUAUUUCUGCUUGUAAGCAAACAAAAUUAACGCGACAAUAACGCCAACUUAUAAUUCUUAAAUAAUCGCUGAAAAUGUAAUUUAAGAUACAAAUAAUCUCAUUGUCGCCGCACAAUGCCAAAUAUUUAUGCGAACGCACUUAACAAUGAACAAGAAAAUAAAAGCUACCAGCGAUACGGCUUAAUGGAACAAGGACGUAUUGACACUUACUGUUACUUUAAUAAUGUACUUGUUAAUAACGGUAUCCUAAUUUAAUCCGCGAACAAUGGCACCCCGAAUGUAUUAUGCACGGUACCUUCAGCGGAGAGAAUGCCAACUGCGCGAAACGUUAAGGCAAUUAAAAUGCGCACCGGCAAAUAAAUUUCAGUACAUGUUUGCAAUUCACUCAGGAAAGAUGCAAGAAACUCGAUAUCUUCGCGAUUUCUUCUCUUUACUCAUAUUAGGCAGUUGGCUUGUCACGAAUGUUGAAGCGAAUUCAACGCCAUUUGUAAACCCUUGGACAAGACCACCACCAUUGCCACCUCAUCUUGCACAAACAAGAAGGACUGCUUCCGAAAUACCCAUCAGUUACAGACGUGAGUGAAGUUCAUUCACUGAGCAUGUCUAAGCGAUGCAUAAGUGUCCAAAAGACAUAAUAAAAACUUAUCAAAGAUAUCUCAAAGUACCUUAUCUUCACUUUUGUACAUCCGUAGUCGAUACAUGGUCCCAGUAUGACAAUCCUGAAGAGGGUAGUAAACGAGAAGGAGACAUAUUCGAGCUGCCGCAAUCGAGAAAGACUAUUACGAAGAAUAAACAAUUAUUGUGGCCCGGUGGCGUCGUCAAAUACUAUGUUCAUUCAUCCAUAGGUGAGCUUCUUGCCAGUUGAAACACAUAGGAAUCUCGAUGCUCGUGAUUUCAAAAUGAUUCUUCCGUGAAAUGAUUUAUGUGAUGAAACAUUUGUGCUUACGUUUUAAGCUGAAACGUUUCAAGAUUUAUCAUCUGUUGUAGCUAACGAACCGAUGAAAUACGCUAUGCUGGAGAACGCGAUGGAUAUUAUAAUGUCGAAGACCUGCGUCAAAUUCGAGCGCAUUUAUCCCGACGAAACUGGGGAGUUGCCGCCGGAGGGUUGGGUCAACAUCACGGGUAAUCAGAACGGUUGCUUCUCCGACCUAGGGCGCAGCCCAUUUGCACCUAGUGUCUUGAACCUGAACGUGAAGAAGUGUUUCCGCAUCAUUGGACACGCGAUACACGAGAUACUGCACACCCUGGGCGUAUAUCACGAACACAUGAGGCCGGACCGCGACGACCACAUCACUAUCAUAUGGGAGAAUAUAAGACCGGGUAAUCAAUGCAACGUGUAUAAUCGAAUCAACAGAGGAAACUAAGAGAGAGCGCACUGUGUUUUUCCAGGAGACGCGUUCAAUUUCCGUAUCUUGAAUGAGAGUAUCGUUACGGAUUACGGAUUACCAUACGAUUACGACAGCAUCAUGCACUAUUCGAUGACAGCAUUUUCCAAGGAUAGAACGAUUCCAACAAUAAUACCUAUGGUAAUUAUAUAACAUCGGUUCUUACGUGGAGAGAUAUCGAGAGCUGAAGAGAUACUUUGGAUACAAGGUGAAGUUGCAACGUUAUCGAAUCGAUAAAUGAAUUAUUCUAAAUUAUUUGCAGGAUCCCCAUGUGGAGAUUGGCCAAAGGAAUCACUUAUCGCAUUACGACACACAAAAAUUGUUGAUCACUUACAAGUGCAACGAUAUUACAGAACCGGAUAAGGAGAAUAAGAAAUACACUUUCACGCCAAAGAGGAACAAAGUCCAUCAACAUAAAUUGCCAGCAGAGAACGUUCCAUGUAAA